UCUUUGCCUUUGAAUCCGAACACCUUAUUCACCGUUUCCCUCUCAAACGACGCAGACUGAAAUUUUCCAACGCGUGCGGUGUUUUGCUCAGUCUUGGUGCAGAAAUAUCUGGGAAAGGUCUCUCAGCUGUCGAGACUGGAUUUCUUGCAUGCACUUCGCCUUCCCUCGCGCUGUGGGGGUGAAUCGCGAGGGGCGGCGGGCGAGAGAGGCCCGUCGACACUGGCGGCUCUGGGUAAUUGUGCCUUCUCCGUCGGCGGGAUUGCGUUUCACACGCUCCGACUGCCUCCUUAACUUUUUUCACUGUGCCUACUGUGUCUCUCUGCUUCUUUGGCGAGGUCGAUCCUCCCCCAGCUGGAACAGCACAGGAAUCCGAACCUUGGGAAAAUGGUGUCCUCCGAGCUUCUGUGGCAGUGUGUUCGCCGCAACCACUGCUUCAUCCGGAAAUUCAACGGAAUCACGUUGUCCGCGGAGCGCAUGAACUUGACGAACAAGAACACGCUGAAGUACUCCGGAAUCGCCCACAAGCAACCCCUGGGUCUGAACCGCCACGGAGCCAACAACGGCUGCAUCGCUCUCGUCACCGUGCAGAAGUGCUCCCGCGCCAUGAGGAAGCCGACCAGGGCUGUCCAGGUUCGCAAGUUCAAGAAGAGCAAGAAAGAGAUGUCUAAGGUCAUGAAGGCUGUCGCAGAGAGACGCCCGGAUCUGCUGAAGGUUGCGAACAAGAAGAUGAAGAAGUUGAUCCGCACUGGCAACUCCUCCAACAAGAAGGAGUAAACGUCAGUCAAAGAAAGUCGUGUUGCCUCAAAGUCGCGCGGCUCCUGACCUUCCGUGAGGAUGUCAGUAGUGUGUGUGACGAAGCAGAAGCAAACUCUGUCAUUUUCUUCUCUUCUACUUGUUCUGUUUAAAAGACUCGGAACUCUCGACGGCCGUGUUGUAAUCCGUGUGUGAGAAACGAUCGCUCGCUACGAGAGGGUACGGGGUGCUUUGUAC